GGGGAGGGGUUUUGAUUGGCUGAAGUGGAGCUGUUGCCAUAACGACGCGGAGGGGUUUGGUAGCGUUGCCGUGCGCUGUGUGAUCUGCGCGCUGCGUGUAUGGAGGAAGCAGCUGCUGAUCUGAUCUCUGACAUUGUGAGACAGACAUCUGAAUAAACGGCGCGCGGACGUGUCUUUAAUCACCGGGACACGUCUUGAAUGAUUACCUCUUUGAUUUAAUGGGUCCAAUCACUGGGAUGUCACCAGAUAAGAAAACGGAGAUUCCGGGUAUGCAAGAGGAGCGGACAGGACUCAGAGGUGGCUGUGGCGUGGGAACUCUGCCCGAGGCAGAAUGUGCAUCCAGUCCGCUGGCAACAAGUGUGGAUCGAACUGGCGGGACGGAGGACGAAGAGCUAACCAACCUCAACUGGCUCCACGAGAACUUGCUUCAGAACUUUACAUUAGGGGGUCCCGAGGCUCAGCCGAGUGGCAGCCCUCUCUUUGACAUAGAAGGAGACUACGGGUCGAGCCAGGGCCCGUCAUCGUCCUCCUCAUCCUCGUCACAUGGCAGAGGCAGGGAGAGGGACUCUCUGAAGUCUAAGCCUCCUUUCUCGUUUUCCCUGCUCAUCUACAUGGCCAUCGAGCAGUCUCCCAGCAAGUCUCUGCCUGUGAAAGAAAUCUACGGCUGGAUCCUCGAGCACUUCCCCUAUUUCUCCAACGCCCCCACUGGCUGGAAAAACUCAGUUCGUCACAACUUGUCUCUAAACAAAUGCUUCCGCAAGGUCGACAGGAGUUUGGGAAAGUCUAACGGAAAAGGUUCUCUCUGGUGUGUCGACCCCGAGUACCGCCCAAACUUAAUCCAAGCUCUCAAGAAGCAGCACUUCCCAGCCGCAUCUGCCUUCUGCACACCGCCCGCCUCCCCACCCAGUGCCUCUUCACCCCCCCGCCAUCUCAUUCUACAAGGCUGCUCAUUCAAAGAGUCUGACAUUGAUGCUGCCACUGCCAUGAUGCUCUUAAACUCUGCCCCUGGGCACCACGUUGACCCAUGUAAUUCUGACAGUCCGCUGGACCUCUCCCGGCCAGACUCGGUCCUGGUGAGCAGCGAUCCAAAGCAGGACCACAACUACAGCAGCGCGGCCCUGCAGCGCUGCUCCUCCCGUUCUUCCUCAUCCUCUUUUUCCUCCAUGGACGAAGGUGGCUGCGACCGCAGGCAGUCUUGCCGCGCCGGCAGCGAGGGUUUCCAUAGUGACGAGGACUCCGACCUCUGGGACGAGAGAGGCCCCCACCAGACUCCUCGACGUCCUCCCGCCAUCAAGUGGCCCAUUAGCAAGAAGGCGCGCCGUGAAGUGAAGCCAGAUUUGGAUGAGGAGCUGAAAGAAGCUGCGGGCUCCUUGCUGCACUUGGCUGGUAUACGCAGCAGCAUGGAGGGCUCAAAACGCACUGUCAAGAGCACUAAACUAAACCGGAAAUAAGGUUCUUUUUUGCCCCUAAGACUCCGGACCCUGUGAGCCCUCACCUCUGACCCCUACCACGUGUCCCGGUGUGCCUCCUUCUCCUUACCUGAUUGUUCAUCGGCCAUUUUGAGCCUUUUUUGUUUUUUGUUUGGGAGUUUCUCUGUCCAACAAAGCAAAUGGCAAUAGUAUCGUUCACACAGGAGAACAAAGCCAUAUAGAGUAACUCUGGGGACGGGGUGGGCGUUCGGGCCAUGGAGAACCAUCAAGAUACCACCUAUCCAAAAGGAUCUGCCCGUUUUGGCCAGAUUAGAAGAAGAUUUCUCUCAAAGACAAAAUGGGAUGAAAGUUUUUCAACUCACAACGUUGCAUGCUUCCUCCUCAAACCUGUAUCCUCUUCCAAGUGAAUCUAUUUAUGAAGCGAAUGAAUGCAUGUUUGUAAUAGACAAGAUCUAACCUCCUGGUGUUAUCAGUUUCUCCUCUUUGUGCUCCAUAAAAAAAAAAAGAAAAAAAAAACGCCACUCUUUCAAAAGGAGCUCCAGCUCUGUAAAUCCUCUAGUAAGAGAUGCAAUAAUUCAUCCACCACCUUAACUUGUCAUUAUUUCAUGAGAAUGCUAGUCAAACGUCACAGUUAGGAGAAUGAAUGGAGUAUUAGUAUCAUCUUGUAAUGCGAUACACUUAUUACACACGAGCUGUGGCUCGGUUUCAGGAUUAACAAGAUAUGGGAAUAGUAUUACUCUGCCACUGCCAAAUUUGAUUGCACAGUUAGUUUUCUAUAUUUUGCCCAAUUUUGUGCAAACAUGUUUUCUUUUUUGUUUCUGCAAAGCCACUUCUGAUUCUGCCAAACCCCCAUUUUUUGUUGUGCAAACUGAGCGUAUGUAUAUUCACAUGUUUGGUGCCAGCCUAUGCAAAGUGAACAUCUGUCUGGGUUUUCACUGCGUUCUCAUAGGUUUCCCUGCAGUCUUUUUGUUUUGUGUGUUUAUCUUUGACGACUACAGCCUCAUCCUGAAAUGUAGAGGAAUAGAUUGGCACAAAUAUUUUUUUUAUUUUUUAGAAAAACCGUGGAUCCACACAGCCUGUUGAAAUGUGAUAACAGUAAGGUUCUUUAAUCCUCUGCUUGCUGGAAUUCAAAAUCUGGCUAAAAAAAGGAGGAUCUGGAUCACUAGCAAUCUAAAUUAUUUGUGAUCUGACACAGAUAAUCUACUGUUGGUUUAACCUGUGGCCAAAUUGGUGCACAAUUUAAAGGAUUGUGUUGUUGCGGUUCAAACUGUGUCCAAAGUUGAUAGGAUAGUCAAAGCAAUCUAGAGCUGCACGAGAUACCGAGGACAGGCACUGACCCAAAUUCUAGCCGGGAUCGUUUCACCGCCGCUCUUCCCCUUGAACAAAAUAAGGAAGCACAUACUUUCCUCUCAAGCUGGGAAAUAAGAGUGUCACGUUGUCGAUUGUGUGCAGUUCACUAACGGGAAGUUGUGAGCUGCUCGUGCACGCCACAACCGCCAUGUGAACUCUUGAGACGCGCGCAGCUCGGACGAGCUUCACUAGAACCGUAUCUGCCCGAAGUCCCAGUAUCGCUGCGACUGUCAGUGCCAAACAUUUCUGAUGUAAAAGUCCACGGUCACCGUCGUUUCUGCUGACAUGCUGAGUUUGAAAAAAAAAAAAGGAAAUGGGAGAAGAGCGUGGUCAGCGCGGUGACCAAAGCAACCUCUGGGUGGAAAAGACGUCGCUUUAGAGAGCGAAUUGUGAAAGAAGAUGUUCUCUGAACUGCUACUGGCAUACACUGGUUUUAUUUUUGCUGUGAAACAAGAACAAAUUGUUCAUCUUCACCUUAUUUAUACUUUUAAUUUAUGGGAUUUAUACUCUAUCAAACACUGGUCAUGUAAAACGAAUGACAAGGCACCUUUAUUUUUCCUGACCCUGUGAAUUAUUUUAUUGAGACUUUUUUUCUUUUUUUUUACAAAUUAAGUAUUUUGCCAAUGUUUUUCUUUGUCUGUAAGUACCCCCUGGUCCCCAAACAGAACCCGACUGCCAGUUUCUCUUGGUGUUUUGGUUUUUCUUGUUCAUUAGACUGGUUAGAAAGCAGUUGAAGUCCCUUUUUCUCAGAUGUACACUUUCUAAUCAUUUCGUUUCACAUCUGAAUCAUGUUUAGGUGUUUAGUCUCAGAUCAGCUGUUUGCUCAUUACUGAUCAGAUUCUUGAGAGAAUAAUUACUGCCACUCAUAGCUUCCGAGUAUGGCUUUGGGGGUACUGACAGUUCGUUGUAAACUGGAUCUGACCGAUGUUGCCACGACUACAUUUGAGUACAGCUGCAGAAGAAGCCGUGGAAAGACUCGUACAGGAACGCUCUCCAUCCUUCUCCCUGUAGCACCUGACAAAGUAACGCUGGUAUCGAAGUGACAGAUGUGUGGACGAUCUACCUAAACAUUAUGGAGUGCCAUGAAUUGCACAAAUUCAGAAAAAAAGAGAAAAAUCCUACCUGCUUUAUCGCUCAACAGCUGUUUUUGAAUAUUGAUUGUGUGAUUAUGUUGCAGUUCCUAAGGGUGUAAUAAUUCCUGCAUUUGACAAAUCUGCCAACCCAGUAUCAGUUUGUCUGUCGUCUGCCAUGUUCACUGGACUGACACACACCUUUUGGUUUUUGUAUGCUAACCUCUGUUGAUAAAAUGUUUAUAAGAUUUAUUUUCGCCAAAGAUAUGCAAUUGCAUUAUAUAUGGUAUUACAAAAAUAUUAAUAAAAUCCUGUUCUUGUUA